AUGACAGCCAGGUGCCAAAACUUAUGAACAGGAGAAACAGCAAUCUUAGCACUCUCACACUUGACUGGUGGCUGAAGCUACAACCAUACCAUAAAAUGAAAUACAGAGAUGUUGUGCAGCCUCUAUUCUUACACUUCCCUGAUAAGGAGCACUACAAUGAUGCUGGUCCUGACCGCUGCAGAACCUGCGCUGUGGUGGGCAACUCGGACAACCUGAUCGGAUCCCAUUAUGGUCAACUAAUAGAUUCUCAUGACUUCAUUAUCAGCACAUAUACCAAUGUUAAACGUACAAUACAAGCAAACAAAGACAAGGUGAUGAUCAUGAGUCCUGAGUUCAUGAGAUAUGUCUACAAGAACUGGUCAAGAGAACAUGGGAGAUAUCCUUCCACUGGCUUCCUCACACUCGUGUUGGCCCUGCAUAUUUGUGACCAGGUGAAUGUCUUUGGAUUUGGGGCAAGGACUGAUGGAAGAUGGUACCAUUACUAUGAUAAAGUAUAUCGUCAAACUUCAGCUUUCACCAAAAACUAUGUAGCUUUGGCCUUCAUUGCUAACUACAACCAACUACAGCUUCAGUCUUCACUGCUAACCACCACCACUAUAGUCUUGGCCUUCACCAUCGGCUACAGCUUCAGCUUUCACUAUCGGCUACAGCUUCAGCCUUCAUUGCUAAGCAUCACUAAUCUAAAGCUUCACUCACAACUCGACAUACAGGCUGCUACGGGUGGUCUACGCACACGCAACCUGCACGCAGCACACGCGACCUGCACGCAGCGCAUGUGA